AUGCCUAACGAAUGCCCAUCUGGAGCUUUCACGGUCAACCUGAAGCCAUCGCAGAGCUUCGCUAAGCUCACUGAACGACAGCAGCAGUAUGCUACGUUCCUCUCCCUCGCCGCCUUUGCUGGAGCCCCCGUCCUCUUCGAUCAAUGCUCCCAGCACACGCGCCGCAUCCACGCGUUCCUUGCGGAGUACUUGAAGAUCCACAUAGAGGCGCCUGACAGGGGAGCCGCACUGAAGACUGUUGAAACUGCAGUUGGGGUAGAUAACCGCGAAACACUCCAGUAUCUGCACGACUACGCUGGACACUUUUACUUCAAUUGCUCUGAGUAUCUCGGUCUAGGGGAUACGAAAUUCAUCCCACGCUGCACUAAGGAGAGCUUAGAAGUCGUGGUCAAGCUUCUGGGAGAGUCAACACACAAGGGAACAGGGCUCGUUGAUGCUUUCUAUACAGCGAGGGACGGAAUGUACGAUACAGCGCCCGAGCAGCUUUCGCUUGGCUUCCACCCAGCGGGAUGCACAGCAUACUACCAGCCGGCGGACUUCUCAGAGAGCGAGGCCAAGCAGAUCAACGAUCUGAUGACGGCGAAGAAGAUGAUGCAUGAAAACUCUCAUGUGAUACGCCACGACACCUGGUACGAGAUCUCCCUCGCCUCCGUUGAGGUUGCAGAGAGGGGUGAGCCAAUAGGAGUUUGCAACGGCAAGGAGGUUCACGUGACCCGCGGACGAGGGUCUGCAGAGCUGGCCAAGGCAUGCUACUGGCUCAAGAAGGCGCGAGACUUCGCCGACAACGACUCGCAGAGGAAGAUGCUUGAUGCCCUCGUCGAGCACUACAGGACAGGGGACUGCGACCUCCACAAGAGAUACUCGGAGCACUGGGUCCAGGAUAAGGACGUCACUGUUGAAACGUACCAAGGCUUCGUGGAGACGUACCGCGACCCCAGCGGUGUUCGCGCCGAGUAUGAGGCCUUCGUCGCAUGUGUCGACCCCGAUGUCUCCAAGGCCCUGCACAACUUGGUGGAGCGUGCCUCAGAGAUACUCCCCCUUCUUCCUUACCCACGUGCCCUGGAGAGAGACAAGUUUAUCCCGCCCGUCUACAACGCUAUCAACAUUCUAUGUUUCCUUAAUACAUUUAGCCCAAUAGGCAUAAACAUACCCAAUUACGAUGACACGCGUAGAGAUAUUGGCUUCAAAAACGUUACGCUCCACAAUGUACUGAUGAAAGCAGGCCCAGCAAGGAUCCUCAUUGACUUUGUUCCACAAGAACAUAGAGAAGCAUAUAGCAAGGAUCUCAGUACAGCGAUGUUCUUAAACGUCGCACUCCACGAACUCUUCGGACAUGGGACAACAAAGCUCCUACAGGAGAGCGAUCUGCAGAACGGGAUUUUGAAUCCUCUAGAUGAGAAUGGAGGGAAGCUAACAACAUGCUACAAGGAUGGAGAGACGUACUCAAGCGUCUUUGGAGCAAUGAGCAAUGCCUUCGAGGAGUGCAAAGCAGAGACGACGUCAAUGUGCCUCUGCACAGAGGAGAUAGUACUGCGUAUAUUCAAUAUUGCUCCAAUGCGUUUUAACACCAUGAGACUUGCGCUAAUGUACGAAAUGAUAUGUCAUGCCUUCACAAAUCUUCCCCUCUACAAUCCUGCCACUAACACCUGGCUCCAAGCACACGCACAAGGGCGUUUUUGCAUACUCCAGGCCUGUCUGAAGUGGGCCCCUAACUCUAUUAAGUUGGUGGAAGCGUGUGAUUCGAACGGUAAUCUGAUGUCGCUACUGGUUCAUAUUAUUGAAUCAGAAAUAAGCACUAUAGUCAGUGCAUGCAAAAAGCUAUUAUUACAUAUUGCAACCUACAAGGCUUCUGCUAACGUGGAGGCCGCUCAAAAGUUCUUCAAGGAAAUGACUCAUAUGUCACCUGAAUGGCUGAAGAGAAGGGAGUAUGUUUGCAGCAUCAAACGUCCAAGCGCACUGUAUUGCGAUUCGAUGAUCAAGACUGUCACACAACAGGAUGGUGCAUUGAGAUACACACUUGCUGACACAUGUGCGCUUGAUGAUCCCACACCAUUGGAUGUUGCUGUCGGGCUUUGUAACAACAUCCUUGUUUCCUCUGCUAACUGA